GAAAGCUGGAGAGAGGAAACUUGGAGUCAAGAUGGAGGCUGCUAGUCGUUCUGUUGCCGCUGUGGGGAACGGGACCCUGGCGGCCCAGAGGGACAUGAGCCUGGUGCCUGAACGGCUUCAGAGACGCGAACAAGAGCGGCAACUGGAGGUGGAAAAGCGGAAGCAAAAGCGGCAGAACCAGGAGGUGGAGGAAGAGAAGAGCGACUUUUUCAUUGCAGCCUUCUCUCGGGAGCGAGCGGCCGUGGAAGAGCUUCUGAAAGGCGGGGAGUCAGUCGAGCGGCUGGAGGAGGCAGCCUCUCGGCUCCAGGGGCUGCAGAAACUUCUCAACGACUCGGUUUUGUUCCUAGCCGCCUACGACCUACGGCAGGGACAAGCGACACUGGCGCGGCUGCAGGCGGCCCUAGCCGAGCGGCGUGAGGAAUUGCAGCCCAAGAAGCGUUUCGCUUUCAAGACUCGGAGAAAGGAUACUACUUCGUCCACCAAAGUGGACGCAGCUUCUGGCGCCCCGGCGACGGGAAGCAGCCUGGCCUCCCCGCUGCCCUUAAAGAAGGAGGGAGGCUUCGGCUCCAGCUGGGUCUGUGGUUUCUCCAAUUUGGAGUCUCAAGUAUUGGAGAAGAAAGCCGACGAGCUGCACCAGCGCGACGUCCUUUUGACCGAACUGAGCAACUGCACGAUCAAGCUGUAUGGCAAUCCGAACACCCUGAGGUUGACCAAGGCCCGCAGCUGCAAGCUGCUCUGCGGCCCAGUGUCCACCUCUGUGUUCCUGGAGGACUGCAGUGACUGCGUGCUGGCUGUGGCCUGCCAACAGCUCCGCAUACACAGCACGAAAGACACCCGCAUUUUCCUGCAGGUCAUCAGCAGGGCUAUUGUGGAGGACUGCAGUGGGAUUCAGUUCGCUCCUUACACCUGGACCUACCCGGGGAUCGACAAGGACUUCGAGGGUUCUGGCUUAGAUAGGAACAAAAAUAACUGGACCGACGUUGACGAUUUCAACUGGCUGGCCCGGGAUGUCGCCUCCCCGAACUGGAGUAUUCUUCCUGAAGAAGAGCGAAAGAUCCUGUGGGACUAAGCAGUUGUCACUCUGUUCUUCACUCCUACCAAAUACUUUCCAUGUGGGACUGUUUCCAGCUAAUAGGAACCCAAAGUUUACUUAUUAUUGUCGCACUGUAUAUAUUCAGUAUUUUAAGGUUUGAGAUUGUGAUAGUCUCCUACUUGUAAUUUCCAUUAAAUUCAUAACAGAUGUAACACUAAAA